AUGGCAGGAAGAGCUGUCCUGUUCGCUUUUCUCACAUUAGUAGCGUACUCUACAGCUGACGUACAAAACGACCUGACCAGGAUAAAACGCUCUCCGCACUAUUGCGACUAUCCACCGCCUCCCCCACCUAUUACCCCUCCUCCUCCCCCUCCGCCACCACCACAAAAACCACCGAGGUUCUUCUGGUACCAUGAAUCCCCAAUAAUGCCAGCCUUCCCACGUCAUGCGCCUUUACAAUGGCAGGCAUUCAUCCAGCCUCAACAAACGAACGAAAGACAUAUACAGAACGAGGCUCAGAAUUCACAGUCCGAUCUAGGAUUUGAUAAAAUUCAAUUUGGUAACAAUGAAGAACCGCCUUGCGAGAAAUGCGGUAAAAAGAAUACAGCAGUCAGUAAUGCACAGAGUGAAACCGGUGAUGCGGUUGCAAUCGCCGUUUCCAAAGGCAGCAACCAAUAACAAAAAAUAAAAAAUAUUCAGUUCCUUCUAUUAGAUAUGAAAUAUUGCUGAA